CCAGAGUUUCACCAGGAGGCGCCGCUCUCUGUCAGAGGCUCUUCACACCUUUUGCUUUGUGACACUUUUCAAUCUUCCAGAAGUUUGUCCUUUUCAUCGAGACGCUUGAAGACCCUUUGCAAAGAUGGCGUUCCUACGUGCGUCGUUGCUGUUGGUCUUCUUAACCCUCCUCUACUGGACAACCACCUCUGCUCUGUCACAUGACCCCACCUUCAACUACACCAAUUCUCGACCCCACACCAGGGUCAAGAGAGCCCUGCCCUACUUUACUCAAGAGAAAACAAGGGAAGUUUUAGAGGGAGGAAAAGUCGCUCUGGCUUUAGUCAAAGAUUCGUUUGAUAUGGCUCAGACCACAAGAACGCUGGCAGGCAUAACAAAGAAGAUUGCGCAGGGCAUGAGCAUGUUGCCGAGUGUUUUAGGUCUGAUGUUCUCCUUUGUCAACAUCAUCUUGGCCUUCAUUCCUCAGGAGAGCCCCACAGACCAGCUGCAGGCUGAUCUGGAUGAGGUGAACAGGAAGCUGGACUCUCUCUCCAUGGAGAUCUCCAACCUGGCAACGGAUGUGGAAUGGCACAACUACGCCAGCGUCUAUUCUCAGGACGAGGUCCGCAUCCUCAACGCCUGGAAGAACUUCAAUGAGAUCUUCAAGAGUUCCAUGCCAGCACAGAGUGAAGAGAAAAAGAUUCGUCUGGCUGAGAUGUUCACCACCUUCUAUGAGAACACGGCCACUGAAGGCAGCGUAGCCAGCCUCUACCACUACCUGACCGUCAGGGGCACGUCUCUCAGCAAGAACCUGCUCGACAUCCUGACCAGGAAGUCUAAAUGUAGCAUUACUGACAUAGGCAUGUACAGCAUCUAUUUCAACAGCCUGAUGUAUAGGGGGAUGUUCCUCAACCAGGUCUACUGGAGUCUAAUGGGUUUCGACCCGUCAGUUAAGGCAGCUGAAUACGCCUCAAUGCUGAAAAAAAUCAUCAGUGCUGAGAAAGAAGCUGUGAACUAUUGCAAGAGCAACUACAAGAAGUACGUGAAGAUGGACGUGGUGGAGAUCAGCAAAAAAUACAGCUACAGUAACAAAGAAGAAAUUGCUAGACAGAUCAAAUGGGCUCUGGACAAGAAGUACUUCUGGUACAGCUGGGUGGUGGUGGUGUACGACACGAAGCAGGACUACCCUGACAAAACAGAUGGUUUCACUGUAAUCCCAAUGGAGAAGAUCACCGUCGCCGUGGGUGAAACCAAUAUUGGGUCAUAUGGGACCAAUAGGGACGAAGUCUUGAAAUGCAUUCCCAAGAAAACCUGCGAUGACAGGUUUGCUGAAAUCAAAGGAAAUGGCAAAAUUUGCCCCGUUCAGCACGCCACAUCAUUAACUGUAGGCUAUUCUGCAAAUAGGCCCUUAUUCCGACCUAUCUAUUUUAUGUCUUAUGUCAAACUGAUGCAUAUCUCUUAUGAAAAGAAAUCUGCUCUGUUUCCCCCACCCAACUACCAACAAGACUGUUCAUGGUACAGUUCAUACACAGGCUCGAUCUCCUUGUAUUACUCAGGAAGAACGGAUCUCUGCAGUUCUGACGCUCAGUGUAUGAAUGGUGGCACAUGUCAGAUGCAGUUUGAGUCCAACCAAUGGGUGUGUGAAUGUCCAGACGGUUACGAUGGAUACACAUGUAAGAACCAAAUUCCGACCUUCAGUCAGGACAUCAAGAAAUUUGUGUCUGAACCUCUGCCCGCCAUCAGCACCUUGAAGGAAUCUCUUGAUAAGAUUUACUCACUCCUGCAGCGGAAUGGCUGACAGACGCCUCCAGACGACUGAUGGACGACAGGCAUCACGACUAAACACCAACCGACAAACUGACCACAGCUGAUUUAACAAAAAGUGAAAUUGUGUAACAUCUCAGAUGUGAUCGCAUUAAUCAACCGUAUUCAGACCAAACAACUGCAGAGUGAAACAACAGCGGCCUUCCAAUAAAAUUCAAACGGACUGAAUUUUGUCCAAAUCCACACUUAUAUGAAAAAAUCAGAGAAUGCAUGUCUACUUCUUGAUUUUGUCAUUCUGUCCAAACUAAAACAAUGUUUUCAUCCACUGGAAACCUUUUGAAAAGCUUUUGAAAACGCUCUAACAAAAAAUUGAUGGUUUGUUGUUGUAGUAUAGAAGCAUGGAAAACUGCAGUGAAAAUUUGAUGUUUUGGUGGUGUAUGUUAUUAUCACAAAAAAUUAUGAAAGGUGUCCUUUUUUUUUUUUAACCUCUUCUUUGGCGUUUCCCUUCCAGUACCAAUUUUCCAAUCAGUGCUGGAAGGGAAACCAAUAGUUGUCAUGUGAUCUUGGCUGGACUCAAAGCAAUAAACAUGGCCAGGAACAUGUUGAGGAAAUUAAAGCUCUCUCAGCAUUUUGCUUCAAAUUACCCACCAAUUAUAACUGCUUGUUAAAUCACGAGCAUGGAUGGAGAAAAAAAUGACAAAAACUCAAUCUAAUGAUCUCAUAACUUCAGUUGAUCAGUAUCAGUAAGCAGAUAUAUUGGAGAGACUUUCAUUAGAUAGUUAUUUGAUAUAUAAGUGAAAUAUUAACAAGAGUUCAGUAGAAUAUUUAUAUGUAUUAAAUUACAUUGCAACAUCAUGCCUGUGAGGUGUUAUUAUGGAUCCCACUGCAAGACACGCCCACCAGCGCUGUGAUUGGUCAGGACGUUUGUUGGCCUGUUGCCCAUUCACUGGAACAGGAUUGACACAACCUUGAUCCUGUGGGCGGGUCUUGACCAGAACUUUGGUGGGCUUCAUAAUAAUGUUUGUUCAAAUUCAGCAAAUGGAGAAUGUCAACAGAUGUGCCAAUGUUUUGCUGAAAUCUGAUUUAUGUCGCAUUGAAAUUCUUCUGAGCUCUCGUUAAUAUUUAACUUACUGACACUUUGUUGAACAUGUAUAGAGGACUUUCCAAAGAAAGUGGGAACACAUUUGAUAAAGCAAUGAAACAACAAAAAAAAAGUUUGGCAAUGUAAUGAAAGAUAAUAUAUAUACACACACACACACACACACACACAUAUAUAUAUAUUACAUAGGAGAUGGUGUAUUCAAUCGCAUAUCAACUCCAACGAGGACGUUUGCUCCUGGUUCUGAGUUUGUGCAGCUGUCAGAUUGUCAGGUUGGAUUUUUAACGGUUGACUGGACUUUGAAUUUGAUUUUUAGAAACAUUCUUUCUGUUAAUUUUUUCUUUUCAAUCUGUUUCCUGAAACUUGAUGUAACGCAUCCUGCAAUUAGACUGAGCCUCUGUGCAGCGGAUCUGAAGCCAACACCUUCAGACUGACUGACACAGAUGAGGAAAAUCCUGAAUCUGAUGCUUUUAUGCUGCAGGCCUCCUGUCCACUUUCUCCUCAAUAAUCAAACUGUUUAAU